CGCAGACAUAUUUCCUAAAUUAGAAACUCUUGUUCUUCCAAGUUUCACAUUUCCCCUCGAACUUCCCUUCACACCGGCAACGCAACAUGUCUACUCGGAAACUGUACCUCAUCGCGUCUCGAAAUUCAGCUAAGCAGAGAGCACACUUUUCCAUAUUUAUCCCUUCUAUCUCGAAUCCUGAUAAAGGAACAGCCAUUCACGUCGUUGGCGCACCAAUGGCAGGCUAUAUGCUAGAGUUCAAGCGACACUAUUCUCCAGCCGAAGCCGAAGAGAAAUACGAGAUGUGGCGCAUUGGAGAGACUUCAGAAGAGAAUGUGAAGGACUUUGCGGGAAACGAAUUCAUCAGAGAACACACGCCGCGGGACAAUUUGGAACGCGAAGCAACACGGGUGCCUCCCCCUCGCAUCAGCGAAAACUUCAGGGCCCCUGUAAACGACACAACCAAUCGAAGAUGCCAGGAGUGGACAAUGGACUUCCUUCAUCACUUGGUCCUAAAAGGAUUCAUUUCGCAGGAAGCGGAUGACAUAGUACAGUCAAAGCGGGACCCUCCCAGCCAUGGUAUCGUGUAAACCAGGAGCAUGCUGAGCCAUGCAGAAUGGAGAUGGAGAGUUAGAAAUACAAAUGAUAUUUGUAAUGCCAAGUUUGUUUCAGGCGUUCUCGCUUUUAGGAUUUGGAAUUAUACCUACAUAUUUUCCAAGUUAUGUUAUACAAAAAGAUGGGGACGGUAAUGCUUC